AUGGGUUCCAAAGCCAGAGCAGCUGCCAUUCAUCAUCUGUAUAACUCUAAGUGUAACAUAAACGAUGAAGAUGAUCCAGACGAGCCACUUGAUGAAGUAAUUAUAAUACAUGAAAUGAAAUCACCAUUCAAAAUGGAUUUUCCCACGAUUUACAAUGAAGUUUCUAAAACAGUGAAUAAUUACAAUAAUGAUAAAAUAUGGGAUAAUGAGAUGGAUAAUCCAGUAUAUUGUCCCGAUUUUCUAACAAUCAUGUUGGAGAAAUUCAUGGGCACAGCCCCAAUUUGGAGUAAUUUAUUAUUGAGCGAUUUAUCUCGAUAUGGUUAUAAAAAUUUGCCAAAUUAUAUGCAUUGUGGUUGUCUUAUCAAACGAACAACUGGUGGUUCUGAAUCAAGGAUGAAUUAUGUUAAAACUGUAAUAUUGAAUAAGAAAGUGUAUACUCGCUUGGAUCAAGUUGUGGCUGUUCUUGCUGAUAAAAUAGUACCAUUAGAGAUCAGUACUGCUGAUUAUCAUGUGAAACAAAAGAAACAAGCUACAAAACAAAGUUAUCAGCAAGCGAAAGAACAAUGGAAACGCAAAACAAGACCGUACUCUAAAAAAACCGUACUCUGA